CGGUGCCCACACUGGGGGCCGGGCGGCGGCGGGGGCGACUCCAUGCGGCACACGUGUGGCGACGCGAUCGCGGGACAGGUGAGCCGGCGUCAUGGGGCAGGCGGGCUGCAAGGGGCUCUACCAGUCGCUCUUAGACUACAAGACCGAGAAGUACGUCAUCGCCAAGAACAAGAAGGUGGGCCUGCUCUACCGGCUGCUGCAGGUCUCCAUCCUGACCUACCUGGUGGUUUGGGUGUUCCUGGUGAAGAAGUGUUACCAAGACACCGACUCGUCCCUGCAGAGCAGCAUCGUCACCAAAGUCAAGGGUGUGACCUUCACCAACACCUCAGAGCUUGGGGAGCGGCUCUGGGAUGUUGCCGACUAUGUCAUCCCACCCCAGGGAGAGAAUGUCUUCUUUGUAAUCACCAACCUGGUCGUGACCCCCAACCAGCGGCAGGAAACCUGUGCCGAGAGUGAGAGCAUUCCGGAUGCCUUGUGCUGUGAGGACAGCGACUGCCCUCCUGGGGAGCCGGUUGUGGCUGGAAAUGGAGUGAGGACCGGCCGCUGCCUGCGGGCGGGGAGCGAGCAAAAGGGCACCUGUGAGAUCUUCGCCUGGUGCCCGGUGGAGACAAAGUCCAGGCCCGCGAAGCCACUCCUGGGCGAAGCUGAAGACUUCACUGUUUACAUAAAGAACUUCAUUCGUUUCCCCAAAUUUAACUUCUCCAAGACAAAUGUGCUGGACACCACGGACAGAGCUUUCCUGAAGUCCUGUAAAUAUGGCCCCAAGGACCCCUACUGCCCCAUCUUCCGACUUGGGUCUGUGGUCAGCUGGACGGGGAGCAACUUCCAGGAGAUGGCCGUGCAGGGUGGUGUGAUAGGAAUUCAGAUUGAAUGGGACUGUGACCUUGAUAGAGCUCCCUCUGAAUGUUACCCUCGCUAUUAUUUUAACCGUCUGGACAACAGAUUUUCAGAAAACUCUCUCUCUUCUGGGUACAACUUCAGGUUUGCCAAGUAUUACCGAGAUGCGGCUGGGGUGGAGUUCCGCACGCUGUUUAAAGCCUAUGGGAUCCGCUUUGAUGUGAUGGUGAACGGCAAGGCAGGGAAGUUCAACAUCAUCCCCACAGUCAUCAACGUGGGCUCAGGGGUGGCGCUUAUGGGCGUUGGGUCUUUCUUCUGCGACCUGGUACUCAUCUACUUCAUCAAAAAAAGCCACUUUUACCGAGACAAGAAAUAUGAGGAAGUGAGGGACCUAGAGGUCCUCGCCCAAAUGGCAGAGUCCUCGCAGCAGAGCGUGGCCCCAGACGCGGCGGGGCUGGCGGAGCAGCCAGAGGUGCAGGAUGGAGGCGGCGCCCAGAAGGAGAAUGGCUGUGUGUGCAGGCAGCUCCUCCAGCCCGCCAGGCCUGGCCGCCAGGGGAAUGGGAAGGUGAACGUGGAGCAGCUGCAGAACCUGCAGACCGUGGAGGCAUAGCCAGAGCUGUCGGCUGACAGCAGAUUUGGUGAAGAUUUGAGGGCAGAACUGCCCACAGCUCUGAACUGGGAAGAGUCAUCGUCAUCCCCAUGGGACGGGGCUUCCAGGCACAGCCAUCUCUCCUGCGCUCUGGGAUCCUGCUACAAGCUUUUUGUUGUGUGUGCGGGGAGGGGAGCCUCCCAGUGGCCACAGUGGCUCAUGCAGAAGAGGCCCUGGGGAGGGGAGGGGUGGAGGGCAGGCCAGGGGCCUAAAGUGUUUUCAUUUUUCCCAAGAACUUAGUAGGGCAUUCAGUUAUUCAUUCAUUCACACAGCAAACACUGAUGCCUGCUGUGGGCUGGGCCCUGUCCAAAAGAUGCUUGAAUGAGACACUGACCUGACCCCCAGGGAGGGGAGCACGCAUGUAAUUCCCUUCAGAGCCGACAGACGUGACAGCUGGGCCCAGCACUCCGGCCUUCCUCCAGCCUCUAGCUGAGACCUGCACAAAUCCCUAGAGCGAAUGAUGGCUCCUCAGAGAAAGACCUUGGCCAACACCCAAGGGGACAUUUGGCCUUGCCCCCAGGGAUGAAAUUUAAAGGUGGCCAAGGAGGCAACUGGGAAAGGACUGGACCUGUGAGGAGGCAGCUGGCCAUGAGGAAGGAGAGCCUCGGGAAGCUCAGGGGAUAGCGUCUCACCCAGAUGGGAGACGCAUCUGCCUGUGUGGUUUGGCUCUUGCUGUUCUGUGGGGCUUGCAGUGUCCUUGCUCGGCUUCCCUCCGUCUCCUCUAAGGCUCCACCUGAAGGGCUAAUGAGAUGACGAAUGGCGCUCAAUCGUCUAGUGGAAACAGUUGUUACUAGGUUGGCCCUCAACCCCCUCCCUCAGUGGCUGUAAAGCACUGCUACUCAAAGUGUGGUCCGUGGACCAGCAGCAUCUGCAUCAUGUGGGAGCUUGUUAGAAAUGCAGUCUCAGGCCCCUCCCUCAUCCCCCUAAAUCAGAACCUGCAUUUCAACAAGACUCCCAGGUGAUUCAUGUGCACGUGAAAGGCUGAGAAGCAGUGCUUGAGGAGAUAUACAAAGCCUGGUUCUGAAAAGGUCAGCUUUGGUGAGUGGCGUCAAUUUCCAGGUCAGACUUACUGCAAGCUACCUUGAGACCAAGCAGAGUCCCCCCUUCCCUCCCUCGGGAAAGUGGCAUUAUGCUCAAUUCAUUCAAAUUAAAAUAUUUUGACUAGGUCAUACUUAAAUGACUCAAAAUUUAAGAGGUACAAAAGAAAAGAAGUGAAAAGCUUCCCUCCCACCCGUUCCCUGAGGCAACCUGUGUUACCAAUUCCAAGAGGCUCACCUGUCUUGCUGAGAAUCCACUGGGUUACUCACGCCUUCGCUCAGGAAAUGAACUUUUCCUGCCGCCUGCAGUCAGACCAAGUCUCCUCUGUCAGGUGCGAGAGAAUAUACUGGGCUGGGGAGCCGGCUGGCUCGCUUCUCCCUCUGCACUGGCGGAGGAGCCCCAGCGUAAACGCAGGGGGAGGGAUCUAGAACUCAAUCACGGUUGUUGAAGCCACCUGGCAGCCAAGGCCUGCAGUGCUGCCCGUCACCCAGCAAGCCUGGGUGCUGUGUGAGCAUCUGCCCUGACUCUAGCGGGGAGUGAACAUCCUUCCGCUGGGGCCUUUGGACAGGAGGGUUGGAGGGGUGGAAGGGUCUCUGGCGAGGCCGGCCUCUGGGGCACGGGCGUGGUCCCCAGAACAGGACCCCUUCUAGAUCAAGCAGCUCCUCCCCUGGGCUGCUAGGUGACCUGUCAGCAAGCCCAACCUGCUGUCUGAAGAGAAAGUGAAAAAUCCAGGUGAUUUGCUGUGGUGUUUCACUUCCUCUCUAAGGCUAACCCUUGGAUCUGAUAACACAGCAUGUUACUUAUGUGUUUGGGAGUAAACAGGGCAGGGGUCACGGCCGCUUAGAAGUUGGUCUGGUUUCUUUUAACCUGUUUUUGGAAUCGCUUGGCAGCAGCCACAACACUUGGGGACAGCUGUGCUGUUUUAUAUUGGAAUGGAAAUGUCUCCCUUCAGUUAUUCCUUCAGUCAGUAAAUAUUUAUUGAGUACCUACUGUGUCAGGUGUUGGACUAAAUGCUGGUGACACAGUGGCGAGCAGCACAGAAACGGUCCCUGCCCAGGUGCUUAGAGUCUAGGGGUCACACAUCAAUCACAAACGGGAUGGGGUGCUUUGAGAGUCCUCAGUGAGGAGUGGCCAGGUUUCCACAAGGAAGUGACACACAAGUUGAAGUCAGAAAGGUUAGUAGCAGUCUAACUAGGUGAUGGGGGAAGCAUCCAGGUCAGGGAACCACACGUAGAAAAGACGUGAGAAAGAGCAACUGAGGAAAUGGAAUGCAGACGGUGUCACUGGAGCAGCUUCUGUGAGGCUUUCAUCAAGUUGACAUUCUUUAAUUUUAAGGGUUGCCCCUUUAAACUUACUGCCAUGGAGGACUUAAUCUAAUUGUUUCUUCAAGUCCAGCAAAGCUUUCCAGGUGGCCUCUCCCCUACAUGUCAGAGGCCCCACGCUCAGGAAGCCAGACUGGCCAGUGGCCCCCAUCAAAGCUUCUGGAUGGUGUCACACACAGCCAGUUCCCUUGCUUUUGCACAGCACCACCCCCGCCCGCGUUUUUGCAUAAACUUGGUGAAUGAGUGGGAGGCUCAUUAAUCUUACAGAAACUGGCUUUGAAGUGGGAAGAAGAGAAGCAGGAAUUUGAGCACUUUUCAAACUUGGGAAAGCCCCUUUCCCUCGAUGCACCUCAUCAGAAAGAUCAUCAUGCCAGCCCCUCAAGAUCUUUCCAUGCUGACAUUUCAGUAUCACAAGAAUUGUCUAUGCUUAUGUUCAAGCCCUGGCCUAAAGCCAUCUACCUAUUCCAUGCCUUUGGAGUACCAUGAUGCUGGCCAAUGGGAAAGUUUUAAAUUGGGUGCUAUUAAUGUGACAUCAUAGGGACCAGCCAUUGAAAGAACAAAGUGCGGGCUUCCCUGGUGGCGCAGUGAUUGAGAAUCCUCCUGCCAGUGCAGGGGACAUGGGUUCGAGCCCUGGUCUGGGAAGAUCCCACAUGCCACGGAGCAGCUGGGCCCGUGCGCCACAACUAUUGAGGCUGUGCUCUGAAGCCCGUGAGUCACAGCAACUGAGGCCCGCGCACCUAGAGCCCGUGCUCCGCAACAGGAGAGGCCACCGCAAUGAGAGGCCUGCGCAAUGCGGUGAAGAGUGGCCCCCGCUCGCCGCAACUAGAGAAAAACCCGUGCGCAGCAAUGAAGACCCAGUGCAGCCAAAAAUAAAUAAAAUUAUUAAAAAAAAAAAAAAAAAGCGCAAAGUGCCCUUUACUCCUGAUGCAGUGGUCAUCAGGACUGAUCAGUCAUGGAUGCCUUUUUGUGCCCCCCAACCCCAUCAGUUCCUUUCUCAGUGGCUAGCUGACCCCUGGGGAACCAGUCAUAAAGGGGGGAAUGUGACUUCCUCCAGGUGUCUCCGAGAACCCCAGCUGGGGUCUGCAGUGCCCUGGGAAGUCCUUAAAUCAUCCCAUUUGGAAUGGCAAUUGGCAUGUCUGGAAAAGGGCUCCACUUGGUUCCAACCUGCCCCCCACCUCCCCAAGUGGUACAACUCUCCUCAGAGCAUAUUCUCCAGUGGACCCAAGAAUGCUUUCUACAAAAGACACCUUUCUUUCAGCUGUUUCCCCUUAGGCCAGCACAUAGAAUUAAAGGGGGGAGAUGGCAAGCAUUUUCUGGGUCCUGACCAAUAUAUGUAUUUUCUGACAUUUUAAUUUGGUUAUAAAACAAUAAAAGGUGUUAACUUUAAA